AUGGAAGAGUCAGAGCCACAGCCCAAUCCUCUGGCGGCUGCAUUUCCAACCCCCCCGCCGUUCUGGCAACAUUUCACGGAAGUGAAUCUGGAGCGCACAUCGAAGCUACGUGUUGCGCAAGCGGCAGAGGCAUCCAAACACCCCAAUCCUGCUACGUCUUCGCCCGUACGUCUGCUGGAUCUCCCGCCCGAGUUGCGCUUCUUACAGCCGCCCGAGCCCCCAGCAGAUGGAGUUUACCGGUGUUUCGGGGACGUGUAUAACUUGAGUGAGCCACUCCCCACUCUAGAAGAGCAGGGGAUACAGCACCUGUAUACGCCCCCAAUAACACCGACCGGUGACGGGAAGCAUUCUGACCGCGCCUUUAUCUUGAAGCGACUGGCGAAAUCGCUGCUGCUGAAUUUCCUGGAGUUGGUUGGUAUUAUGAGUGUCAAUCCUGCGCAGUAUGUGGAGAAGAUCCAAGAUCUGCGAACGUUGUUCAUUAAUUUCCACCACCUUUUGAAUGAAUACCGACCCCAUCAGGCCAGAGAGAGCCUGAUACUGACGAUGCACGAUCAAUUGGAGCGGUCGAGGGCAGAGACUCAGGGCAUAAUGAAGAUGAAGGAGAAAGUGGAGGCGGUACUGGAGGGUUUGGGCCAGGCUGGAUUGACAGAGAUGGAGACAGCCGGACAACGCGUCGUCAAGGAGUCCAACAUGGAUGAGGGGAACGAUAUAUGGGAUGAGCUUGACAAGGAAUUUGGUUAA